ACGCAGCACACUCGCGUUGAACGCCUAGCGGAUAAUAGAGAUUAAUCUGUCAGUGAGGGACGCGGAGAGAGCGGAGCGGGAGCCCGGGUGGGACGCGUUGCGCCUCUCACUUGGUAUCAUAACGUCGGUGCCAGGCUGAUCGGUGAACAUGGCAGAAGGCGACAACAAAAGCGCGAACUUGCUGGCUCAGGAGAUUUCCCAGCUGGAGGAGCAGCUGCAGGGGUGGGGGGAGGUGAUCCUGGCUGCGGACCAGGUGCUGCGCUGGGAGAAACCCUGGUUUCCCGGUGCCUUGAUAGGAGCCGUCACCGUACUGUUCACGAUGGUGUAUUACCUGGACCCUUCGGUGCUUACUGGAGUCUCCUGCAGUGUGAUGGCCCUGUGUCUCGCUGAUUACCUAGUGCCAAUCCUUGCUCCGAAGAUCUUUGGAUCCAGCAAGUGGACCACGGAGCAGCAGCAGCGCUUCCACGAGAUCUGCGGGAACCUCGUGAAGCUCCAGCGUCGCAUGGUCGGCUGGUGGAAACGCAUCUUCGCCCUGAAGGAAGAAAAACCGAAAGUGUACUUCUUGUCUGUGAUCAGCUGUCUGGUGGUGAUGGCCUGGGUUGGUCAGCAGAUCCAUAACCUCUUCCUGACCUACUUGAUUGUGAGCCUGCUUCUCCUCCUUCCUGGCCUGAACCAGCAUGGCAUGAUUACCAAGUAUGCUGGCAUGGCCAAGAGGGAGAUCAACAAGCUACUCAAGCAGAAGGAGAAGAAGAAUUAAUGAAGCGACCUCUCUGAGGGUGCACAAGGGAGCAGGAAGAACCAGACCGCUUCCUGUUCAGUGUGCACCAGAACCUGACCAUUUCAGAUUGCCUGGACUUGUGUGGUUUCAUUCCCUGCCUUGGAGCGCUCUUAGAAUAUUCUCAUAGAAUGAAGCCAACGUUAUCCUUGAUGUUCCAGUUGUAUGCUAUAUUACUAAAGCCCUACACACCUACUCUUCAUAAUUCUUACCUUCUGCUGCUUAUUAAUAUUUGAUCACUGUAGCAGACAGCCAUGGUGUUUUUGGUUGUAGCUUAUAAAAUGGUAGAUAUUCACAUGUGGAUCCAACAUACAAAGGGAUACACAUCACUGGUAAUUUAUUGCUGACUGGCAUCAAAGAAAGGUCUCUGUUUGUUUACGUUUUUACUCAUACCGUGAUGUUAUUGAGGGUGAUGGAAAGGCGUGAUGCUUUGAAAUGACCGAUUUUGCUGACAUAGUGCACUGAAUUCAUUUCAUAAUGGAACACAGUUAAGUUUAUGGACAUUUAGUGGAAGGAAAACUGAGAGAGAUGAAGUAACCCUCUUUGCUGGGGAUACGGAAGACUUCUGCUAGGAUAAAGUGUUAAUACAUAAGGGUCCCAUUUUGGAAAAGGCUUUUAUAGGCAAGAUGGGGUGUGCUUCUGUAGUGUUGAUGGUAUGAAUCAAUGCUGAAAGCACAGUACAGUGGUAAAUACACUGCUGGAGGUCUAAAACUACUAUGCACUGGUGAUGAUCCUGUAUAGAAAGACUGGAUUUACGAAGAAGCUACAUGCUAGACAGUAGUUUGAUAAGUGUGGAAACUGGACACAUUGAAAAGAAAAAAAAAAAACACUGGAUCCUGCCCCUCCCAAUUAACACACUGGCCUGUGGAAGCAGUACUUCCUGCUCAUCUAACUACUGUCCAAUCUCUUUGGUGGAAUAAUAUAUAGCUGUCUUCCUGCCUUUCUGUUGAGGUUUGUGUUUAAGGGUUUCCUUUGACAAAACCCAACUUGACUUUUCACAUUUACUUUGGCUCCUUUUCAUUUAUGAUUUGUGUAAUAAAGAUUUAAAGAGCA